AUGAAAGGAAAAACUGCUGCAGAAACUCUUGAAUGUUUAAAAACAGUUUAUGGUGAUGAAGCAUUAGAGAAAACAGCUGUUUAUGAUUGGUUUAAACGGUUAAAAAAUGGUCAAGAGUCACUCGAAGACGAAGAGCGGAGUGGCCAGCCGUCAACUUCAAAAAAUGAUGAAACAAUCGAAAAAGUUAAAAAUUUGGUGCGAUCAGAUCGUCUUUUACGCAUUCAAGAUAUGGCAAAUGCAUUAGGAAUAUCGUAUGGUUCAGUUCAAAACAUUUUGAAGGAUGAUUUAGGAAUACACAUUUGUGCAAAAUUUGUUCCACGCAUUUUGACCAAAGACCAAAUGGAAAACAGAAAAUUGAUUGCCGCUGAACUUUUCGAACGUUCCGUAAAUGAAAAAGAUUUGUUGUCAAAAAUUGUUACAGGAGAUCAAACUUGGGUUUACGCUUAUGACCCAGAGACAAAAUUGCAGUCAUCAGAAUGGCACACAACAACGUCAACGAGGCCAAAAAAAUCACAUGUUUUCAAAUCACAAUUGAAGGUAAUGUUGAUUGUGUUCUUCGACAAUGAAGGGUUAGUUCACUGGGAAUUUGUACCUAAUGGACAAAAGUCAACUCAAGUUUUUAUAUUGAAGUUUUAA